GAAAUGCAUAACAUUUCCAUUAACUUAAAGAAGCGUUUAUUGAUGUAAAUCAAGAAAAAAAUCAUAUAUUUCUGGGGCAGUAUUCAUAAAGCAUCUUAAGUAUAAGUAUAAGAAAUUGAAAUUUAUACUUAAGAUGCUUUAUGAUUACGGCCCCAUAUCUAUAACGAUAAAACAAGUAACUUUAUGUUUAGUGACCUGGAGGAACUUAUUUGUGUGUUAGAGGAAGAUAUACACUUUUACGAGAGGUUAAAGAGCAAGUCGAUAUUCAAAGAUGUCUGACAAUUACUACCGACUCGUGACCUUCAUAUGCAACUUUUGUAAGGACGUUAUGCGUAAUGUGUUCUUACACUUCGCGAAAGCCGAUUGUCACGAAAAUGAUAUGUGCUUCACAAAUCUUGAGUCAUAUCUACACAACAGGAUGUCAGAUAUCAUGAUAAUGAAAACAAAUGGAUGUUUGAGAUUGGAUCAAGUUAAUAGAAUUUUAACAAAUAAUGGCGAGACAGACAUAAAGCUGUGGGACAUUUCAAUGUUAACUGCUGCAAUAGAAAAUUUGUUUGGUAGUCGCUUGAAUAUGAGAGUCAGAAAUUCCAUUCAGCAGAUUCGCCAAAUUCGAAACUUGCUUAUUCAUAUAGCCCAUGUUGAUCAAAUAACCGAUGACCAGUUCAAUCACUUUUGGUUUACAUUACGGAAAGCGACGCUCAAGUUAGCAAGUAAUAUCCAGGGGACGAAAUACGAAGAAGACAUAGCAGCAAAAAUUGAUGAUGCUAAAAAGCAUAGAGCUUAUGAAUCAUUCGAUACAUUGCGGGAAUGGUUUGAAGAAACAGUGACACAGUUAAAAGACGAAUUUAAAAAUAUGAGAUCAGAAAUAUGUAGUAUAAGAAACGAUAAUAGCUCUGUUAGAUAUCAAGCAGAAGAUGUUAAUGCGGAGAAAAACAAAAACAGAGCUCGUAGGAAGAGAUUCCGAACGGAAACAGUGUAUGAGCGGGCUUCUUUGUCAACACUGGAAGCUGAUAGAAUGAAAGACGAGAGUUUUGAAAUUAUGGAGGAUGUCCAUGUUAAUGCGAGAACAAUCAACCAAAAAGAAUGGAGGAAGAGAUUGCGAAUGAAAAAAACAGUAUCAGAGCGGGCUUCUUCGUCAGCAUUGGAUGCUAAUAUGCUAUUAUACAGACGGUCUGAUGGCCGUGUAGAGGAUCCAUUGGCUUUGCAGAAAACUGAGUGUGCGAAUGCAUUACAAAGUAAAGAACUAACUCCGGACGAGACUGAACUGAAAAAUAUUGGUUUAGAAAGGCACUUGGUAGGUUUAGAAAGGCACUUGGUAAAAGUGGAAACAGAGGAGGUUGCCCCGGAAAUUAGACUACUCUCUGAAGUGUCCUAUCUCUCAGGUUCGCUUGGUCAAUUGAAAAGUCAAUGGGAAAAUGUAAGAACAGUGGAGGAUGUUCAGGCAUUGAUCAGUGAUGGACAAGUUCCUAACGAGCGUGUACUCUCAGAUGUUGUUCAUCGCUUAGGCAGGAAAUCUGAUAUAGUUGAGUUGUUAUGUAAAACUAUUUGUGAGAAAAUUGCAUCUGCGUCUCCAAAAGUUGUACAUGUUUUUGCUGCAUAUACCCUUGCAAAUAGAGAUAAGUUGCAUUUUGUCGUAUUGUUGGAGAAUGGAUCAAGUUCUGACAAAGAUUUUAAUUUAGAUCACGAGAUCGUAGUCAGAAAUUGCAAAGGAAAUGGAAAAACAGAGCAUGAACAUAUGCAAAAAGAAACUGAAAGUGAACUUUCAGCAGAAGAAUCGACGGCCUUAAAGAAUACAAUUAAUGAAAUAACGAAGCAGUAUAUGGAAGAUCAUAAGUACUUGAGCGCUAUUACUGCAAGGAAAAUCAGUUUGGAAGGAAAAGAAACUAUAUGCAUUGUUAUGUACGCUCAUCCAUGCACAGACAGAUAUUCUGAUAUCCCACACAGUGAGGAACACCUACCUGCUACAAUCGAAGGCUAUAAAGUAGUAGUUCGUAAUGGAGUAUUUAAACAAGCCACAAAGACAGCUUCUGAAUGUCAUGAUAAUGUACGGAUGGGAUGUCAAAUAACUUCAAAUCUGGUGAGCGGUUUUGGAACUUUGGGUGGGUUCGUAGACCAUCAUGCGUACGGACUCUGUGGAUUUACGUGUGCCCACGUCGUAUACGGUACUGAACAGAUGAAAUUUUUAAAGAGAAAAAAAACGACUUAAACGGUCUCCAAAAGAGGACCCUUGUUUGGUAUAUCAGCCUUCUACCAGUUCCGUACCUAUUGGACGUGUUGUUGAGGCAUUUUACACUGAGGGUGGCGACUCCGAAUUAGCUGGCGUCGAUCUUGCUCUUUUUCAGAUAGAGGCGCGCCCUCCAGUUUCAGGAACAUCUCCGCGAUGCAAUAUGAAUGAGAAAUUGACGUAUGUCUCGGGCAAAACUUGGGGAAGAUCAAGACUUAAUCUAGGUGCUUGUGAAGUAUACAAGUUUGGUGUUGUUACAGGAAUUACUCACGGAAAAGUCAGGUUUGACGGUAUGUCUGUAAGGGAACUUCAGUUCGUCGCAAAAGGUUCAAUUGACGGUGUAGAUGCUAUACUUUAUAACCAGUACGAAAUUGAGAAUGAUACAGUAAACGUUUGCGAACAAGGCGAUUCAGGUGGAUUAGUGUUUAUGAAAGACUUUGCUGGUGAGUUAAUAUGCAUAGGAAUUGUAAGCGGAGUUCUCGAUAUGGUAAAUCCAUUACACGGUGUUGUUACACCUAUAACGGAUAUACUUCGAGAGUUGAAUGUGCUGCAUCUAAAGCCUUUUAGAAAACAAUUGACAUUAGACCUUUUGGAAAAGAAGUUAGCAGAAAAUGCUGAAGCAUCACGCGUUCAACUGCGAACAGUAACCUCUGAUUUACGUUCGCAACUACAGGGUGACUUAAAGUCAAUCCAGCCUUACAUUAACGAGCGUGUUUCAGAAAUAGGACAGGGUAUAUUUACGAAAGUAUUUGAAGGCGUACAAUCAACCAUAAAUAGUCAACUUCAGUCUUCAAUGAUCUCAAUGCAGUCUCAUAUCAACGAUAGUGCAUCAAAGAUAAUGGAAGGAGUUCAAAAGACUAUUGAAAAUGAAGUUAAGUCGACUUUAAUCCAAUAUAAAACACAUGACAACAACAAAGAAACUGUAUUUAGAAAUUGUGGCGACACAUAAAGACAAAAAGCAACUGAACGAUUAUAUUCAUCUUCCGUGAAUCUUCAAAUUAAAAGUUAUUAAUUUAAGGUGAGGAGGUAAAGUAACAGCAACUCAGUAAUAGGUCAUAUGGCGACUUCCAUAGCUAGCUAUAUGGCGUAUUCACUUGAUGAAUUCUACUUCCCAGGUGAGGCUCGAAUCUGUUUGUAUCGGCGAGGGAAAAGUGAUUUGAAGUCAGAGAUCUUAACCGUAGACUGGCUCCCGUCCCCAUGUUUGUUCUUAUUAAUAUAUAUCAGUUUUCUUCAUAAAGACGGAAGUAACUCCAGAAGGUUGUUUCUACACCGACAUUUUUAUUGCCCCUGGUUUCAAACAUAGGGACUGGUGAAAGUUGGCUACCAGAGUCUCACAAAAUUGUGAGACAAAUUCCCAAUAAUUUCUUUUAAUGAUAAUCAGCUGCUUUUAUCGUGAUGUUUUAUGUAAGGGUUUCAUGUGCUUACCAUCAUUUAACGAGCCGCAGCUAAUUUACUGAUUUAUGGCCUGCACUUGGCUUGUAUUGGCUUAUCAGACAACAGGAAUGAAAAGUUCAGCCAUCAGAUAAAAUAGUGCUAUGUUAGAGGCUUAGACGUGUCUUAUAAAAUGGUUCUUGUACUUAUAUACAACUAAUCUUGCAGCCAGGGAGCCAUGCUACCUUAACCACAAUGAACUUUUGUUAUCAAUCCAACUGUCUACUGGAAUUAAACUUAAACUUACAUAAUGAAUGAAUUUCAUAUUGUUGGGUGUGUUUUCCAUUGUUAUUAAACUAGGCCAUUAUAUCAUGUUUUCUCUAUGUUACUUAGAUCAAUUUUGGCACUGGUAUUCCUAUAGUUUUUAAUUGCUCUCUGGCGCAAAUCGAACCUUAUUAAAACUGCAGAGGCUACGUUGUUUCACUUGUUUAUCACAAAUCUUUGAAAUAAUGAUUUGUACAAUAAUAUAUAAAUUUGAAACAGGUUAACCUAAGGUCAAAAAUUAUAUCAGUAGGUCAAGUAAAGGAAAAACCUCGAGAACGCUCUAGAGGCCUAGUUUACAUUCUAAAUGCCAUAUUUUCUAUAUAUUAUUAAAAUUAUUUGUCCUAAUGUAUGUGUGUUUAAAAUCAAUGACGAUUUUAAAGUUUGUUAAAUGAUCUAGCUUAUUUACAUAAAACAUGUUCAGUUCAAAAUGUGGUUAUCUAUAAAACCCAGCUUACAUUAUAUCACAGAAAUGUUCCUUUGGUGAUCCAGUUUUAAGCUGAUUAAUAUGCUAUCCUUUGCUUUGCCGGCAAACAUAGUAAUGACCAGCCCUGUGUCGAGUGUAUGUAAAGCAUUGAACUAGUUUAUUAUGAAAAGGCUGUAACAUAAAUUUGGCAUUCAUGUUGUCAUAGUAAUUAAAAUGUAUUCUAAAUUCGGGUUUGUGUAUGGUUGUUCUUAAACUACACUGAUAUUUAUUAAAUGCAUUAUAAAGAAGUUAUAUGUUAUGUUUUUAAAUGUGAGUAUGUAUAUUGUCUCUUAUAGUUCUAUUUAGAACGGUCAUUUAAAAUUGUUUUAGUCUGUAUAUAAUAUUACAUGUUUGUAAAUGAAUGAGACAUAAAUAAAUAAAUAAAUAAAAAUAUGGUUGUUCUUAAACUACACUGAUAUUUGUUAAAUGCAUUAUAAAGAAGGUCUCUAUCAAUUUUCUUUAAUUGUUAAUCAAAAAGCCUAAAAUAUUUAUUGCUAAAUAUAGCAACAACAGUUACCAUGAAAAUUUGAACGCUAUUACAUGUACUUGCAGUGUAAUAAUAAUAACGUUAUUCAUAGAUGAGCACUAAGUAGAGUAAUGCAAAAUUUAUUCCGUUCCAGUCUUGCUAGCCAGGUUACUUCGAGAGAUAUUCAUAGGCUCCAUAAAAACAUAUGCUUGACUGUUUAAAUCACAGCAUAUAAUUCUGAAUCUUUCUUUUGUAAUUAACGUACCUUGCAGUAACGAUAAAAAUGGAACUUUUUAGUAUAUCUGAUGACACAUAACAAUGUCAGUGCUUCUAAUUCUACGGGAGAAUGAAUUUACCAUUAAGUACAAUAAAAGAGUAAUGGACACGGUCAACUCAAUUGUGUAUAUGUAUGUAUGCAUAUAUAUGGGCGCAUAAGUAGUAUGUUAGUACAAAGAUAUUGUUGUCUUAAUCAAUACAUCUAGUUCAUGACACGAAGAGUUGUGUAUUGGAAAACAUGCACGUAGCCAUUUAAGAUUGGUCGAUUUGAAUUGCUUCGGGUCAAUAGGUCUCGCUUUUAUAGUACUGGCGAGGCUAAGGUUACGUUGCCUUUUUGCGAAGGAAGUGUCUGUUGGGCACCACUGUAGUAUUGGCGAGGCCUAAGUAGCUUUGUUCAAAUUCAAACAGUUUGCACUUGACUUAACUUAAAUAUAACAUUAUCUUUCACAUUAAUUGUAUACCAAAUAGAAUUAGCUCU